ACUGUUUGUUUGUUUGUUAGUGCCACGUCAUGCGUGUUGUGAGAUAGUUACUUUAAUGAUGUAUUAUUUAUAUUUCGCAUUUGUAUCAAUAAUUUGUACUUUAGUACCCGUCGAAACGAGUCAAUAUGAUCUCCUAGUAAUACCAAUACCAAAAGUGACAAGCAAAUUAAAGAAACUAAAUUACAAUGCAGUCAGACGUCCACGGAAUAAAAACAGAAAAGAACUUUAUAGGAAUGGGGAAGAUUUCUUCAAGUUAGAUGUAGAAGAUUACCAUGAGCCAACAGACGUACCAGAUAUCGACAAUAUUGAAUUCAGUGGAAACAGAGAUGGGGCUAAACCAGACUAUGAUAUGGCUAUGAGUUACGGUGAUGAUAAAAUUGUCGGUGGAGCAGAAGUAGAUAUAGAUUUAUAUCCUUACCAUGCAGCUUACGGUACUAAUUGUGGUGGAGCAAUCAUAGACAAGAAAUGGGUGAUCACAGCGGGACAUUGCGGAAUCAAGUCCUAUAUAAGAGUCGGGUCUAAAUACCUGAAUAAGGGUAGAAAGGUACAAGUGAAGCACAACUUCAUACAUCCUCUUUGGUCGGCCAAGAACAAGGACCAUCCCUUCGAUUACGACUUCCAAAUCUUAGAGUUGGAUGAACCCUUAAAAUUUGAUGAAAACGUUCAACCUAUUAAAAUUGGACGGAUCGAUGAUAUGGUGGUUGGGAAACUGGUUGCAGUAUCAGGGUGGGGAAACACUGAAGAGAAUGGGCCAUAUGCACCUACUUUGCAAGCGGUGCGAGUGCCGAUAAUUUCCAAAGAGCAAUGCCAAAACGUACCGUACCCGUAUUUCCGAGGCACUCUCACACCAAGAAUGUUUUGUGCAGGUUUCCCCGAAGGGAAGAUGGAUGCUUGUCAGGGUGACUCAGGAGGACCAGCGGUGUCCAAUGAAAGGCUCCUAGGUAUGGUAUCGUUCGGCUAUGGCUGUGCAACUCCAGGAUCUUACGGGGUUUACAGUAAGGUGGCUAAAGUUAGAUCCUGGAUCGAAGACGUCACCGGAUUAAGGCUCGAUUAACACGUAAUAAAGAAUACUU